CCAUACAAAAUUACGGCUGUUGAGGGUAAGAGAGUGAAAUUACAAACCAUCUUAGGGAAAUGGUUAGGAACCAUGUACAGUAUGGCACACUUAAAACCAUUUAAAGAGCCACCAACAUUAGCUGCUGCAAGCACAUCAGAGGGAAAAAUCGGAACUGAAAUUGCAGUUAGUGACACUGAACCAGAAACACCCACAGAAGACUUUAGAAAAGUGGAUGGCACUGUAUCCCAUGACAGCACAGUGAAAAACAUAGAGGUCACAGCAAUGGAAGAAGAGAAGUAUGUAGGGCAAGAUGUUUCAAACAAUGAUUCAAGUGAUGCUGAUGACAAUUUUGAUGACAUGCUUGUGAAGGAGGUGGAAGACAAGCAAUGGAUUCUGAAAGUCAAAUUUAUAAUGAUCACCAAACACACAGAGAGACUGGAGGCCAAAGUGAGAAACAUAAAAGUGUAUGGCUCUUCCUUUCAUUGCCUGAAACCGAGAAGCUGGAUAAGUGAUGAGGUAUAUUUAAGUACCACUAAACAUGUAUUUGUUAAUGGGAUUGAUUCAUCAAAUAUUAUUGAAAUUGUGCCUUUUCUUUCAUCAUGUGUUGUAGGAGUCAGGUCAAGUGUGAUUCUUGCAUCUAUACCAUGCAUUACAGAAGGAACCAAUCAAGACUACCUGACUGAUGAGAAGAAAGAGUACAACUGCAAAAAAUGUGCAUAG